GCUCUCCCUCCCCGACAGCAGCUGGGCUGGGAUCACGUCAUCGCUUCCGCCCAGCUUCCUCCUCCUGUUGGCGGCGGCGAGAAUCCAACAUGGAGUAAAGGCAGCGAUGGGGCUCGGACGGGGCCGCCGGCUGCUGCUGCCGCUGCUGCCGUGGAGGAGGCGCCCGGGCGCACCGGACGACAAGGCGCCCACGCCGCGCUGCCUCCCCGCGCGCUGAGCCCGCGCUUCCUCGCCUGCCCCGACCAGGCCUUCGAGGGGGGGGGCGGGCGACCGGCCCCCCGCCCGCCUGCCUGCCUGCCUUCUCCAUCCCUGCCCCCCAGGCGGCCUUCCCCGCCGUCCGUCCCGUCCUCCCCCCGCUCUUCUCUCGCGCGCUCCCCGCAUCUCUCCCGGCGAUGUGAAGCCCCGGGAAGAUGAGGAAGAGGCGCGCAGCCCCCCAGGCGGCUGGCGGAGGGGGAUGAGCUCCGACGGGGAGAAGAUGACCGAAGAAGCCCACCCCGACGAAUCUCAGACCAACCCUCCAAUAAAUAGAGAGAAGAGUUUUUGCUGGUCCACAUCUUCCACUUCCACUUCCAGAAACAUGACCAAGGCAAUACCAGAGGUGUGUCUAUUAGUGGACCUGUCUUCCUCCAGGCAUCUAAGCUUUAAAUAUUCUAGAAGAGUGACAGCUAUAUUGUGAGAGUCAAAGCUGUGGUUAUGACCCGAGAUGACUCCAGUGGAGGAUGGUUGCCGCAAGAAGGAGGCGGUCUCAGUAGAGUUGGUGUCUGCAAGGUCAUGUGCCCAGAGGGCAAUGGAAGAAGUGGGUUUCUGAUCCACGGAGAAAGGCAAAAAGACAAACUGGUGGUAUUGGAAUGCUAUGUGAAGAAGGACUUGGUCUACACUAAAGCAAACCCUACAUUUCAUCACUGGAAAGUCGACAACAGAAAGUUUGGGCUCACUUUUCUAAGCCCUGCUGAUGCACGAGCAUUUGAUAGAGGUGUGAGAAAAGCCAUUGAAGAUCUCAUGGAAGGAUCUACAACUUCAUCCUCAACAAUCCACAAUGAGACUGAAGUUGGAGAUGAUGAUGUCUUUACAAAUGCUACAGACAGCUCCUCUAAUUCUUCUCAGAAGAGGGAGCAGCCUUUGCGAACACUGGCAUCUCCUCCAUCCUGUGAGCACCACAGAAUUUGCACCCGGGGACAUUUGCACGACCAGUUUAACCCUGACCAGUAUCAUCUAGAACAAUCUAUCCCACGAUCCUAUCGGCACGUCAGCUUCCCGGACGACGACGAGGAGAUUGUGCGGAUUAACCCACGAGAAAAGAUCUGGGUGACGGGUUAUGAGGACUACCGCCACACCCCCAUGCGGGAGAAGUACAUUGAUCCGGACGAUGGGGACUCGUAUGUGCGAUUUGCCAAAACCGAGGCCUCCAAACACGAUUACAAUUACCCUUACGUGGGCAACUCUGACUUUGAUCUGUGCGAAGACAUCAAGGGCGCUGUGGUUAAGACUCAGCCUGCCAGGUGCAAAUCGCGGCGGCGAAAGGAGGAUGGGGAGAGGUCGAGGUGCGUCUACUGCAGGGACAUGUUCAACCACGAGGAGAACAGGCGGGGUCAGUGCCAGGAUGCUCCGGACAGAAUAAAGAGUUGCAUCCGCCAAGUCAGCUGUAUGUGGUGUGCGGACAGCAUGCUCUAUCACUGUAUGUCUGACCCAGAAGGAGACUAUACAGACCCUUGCUCUUGCGAUACCAGUGAUGACAAGUUUUGCCUCCGGUGGUUGGCCCUUAUCGCCUUGUCCUUCCUUGCCCCCUGUAUGUGCUGUUACCUGCCCCUUCGGGCUUGCUAUCACUGUGGGGUCAUGUGCAGGUGUUGCGGUGGGAAACACAAAGCAGCUGGAUGACAACAACCGAAGCUUUCCCCUUUUAGCUAAGGAGCAUCUUGGUCUGGAGCGUUCUCAAUUUUUACGUGCGUCGUCACACGGCCCAAGGAGACUGACAAGAGUUCAGAAACCGGUGGGCUCGUCCCUCCUUCUCUUCCCCCUUUCUCUCCCCUUCCCACUCGGCUGCUAUGCAUUGAUUGCUCACUGAGUUCUAACAGACUGAUGUGCAGCAUAAAAGACUUUUGUAUUAUUGAUCUGUAAUCAAGCAAGAAUGUCUUGUACAUGUUUAUACCUCCCCUCUCCCCUUCCCCUCAGUUGAAUGGUUGAGUGUGGUGAACUUUCAGAACUUAUUACGGCUGUAUCUGUAUUUAGCAACCUAUCGACACAUGUGGAAAUAAGGUGUAAUGAAAUCCCACUUUAAAUUGUGUUCAACUUGCAGCCAGUAAGUGUGUGUGUGAGAGAGAGAGAGAGAGAGUGUGUAUAGAAAUUGUGCUAAUAACAAAUGUGUACCAUGACACAGUAUCGCUGACAAUCUUUAUUGUGAGAAUUUUGAGUCCAUCCGUUCUUUUGACAGUUGCUUUGAAUGAUUUCUCUGAUCACCAAGUAUUCAAGCAAAAUGUGGGAAAUGAGCCUUAGUAUCACCUGUAUGACAUUUGUGAAUCUGAGAACUUGUGUUUCAGACCAAUUUUACACGUGAAAGGGAAACCCUUAAGUGUCUUCUCUCUUCUCCCCUCCCCACACACCACCACCUUAGUCUUUCUCCUCCAAAUAACAUUGGAAAUUAUA